UAAAUUUUUUUACAUUUCUUCGGAACACGGCGCAUUAAUAUGUGGCGCAGCAUUUCCAACUGAGGCUACUGACGGUAACCGCGGAUACGGGCUCCUAUUUCAGCUGUCAAGAGGUCAGCCCCUUGGGAAGCAUUGGAUGGCAGACAUGGGACAGGCAAGCACGAGCGGGCAAGAUGGGGAGGAAAUUGACAUCAUAACUCUACAGGAAAUGUACAGAAAGUUUGUAACGGAGUGUCCUAGCGGUGUUUUAUUUUUGCACGAGUUCAAGAGGUUUUUUAAAAUAGAUCCAACGGGAGAAGCUUCCGAAUAUGCAGAAAACAUGUUUCGAGCGUUUGACAAGAAUGGGGAUGACACCAUAGAUUUUUUGGAAUUUGUGGCAGCCUUGAAUAUCGCCUUCAGAGGAAGCUUGGAGCACAGACUGAGGUGGUCAUUUAAAGUGUACGAUAAAGAUGGGAACGGAUACAUUGACAGAAGCGAGCUCAUGGAAAUCGUUGAAUCUAUUGUCAAGAUACAACAGAGUUGCAGAAGCAAUCCAGAAUGCCAAGCGCUCACAGUGGAAGAGAUCUGCGGGAGGAUCCUUAAAGUAGUGGAUGCAGACGGAGAUGGACAAAUUACUCUGGAAGAAUUCAUUGAAGGUGCGCAGCGGGAUGAAUGGGUGAAGAACAUGCUGAAGUUGGACAUGAAUCCAUACGCUUGGAUUUUGCAACAAAGGCGAAAAAGCUCCCAUUUUUGAACACGCUUAUAUAUACUGCCAAUUAUUACAUUUAUAGUCACCAAUGCCUGGCCAGUCUGAAUAAUGGGGUUUUGCAAAGGAAAAAUCAGCUGCCUAAGAAAGCUGCAAGACAGCAAGAUCACAACUUCUGAAGACAAUUGUUUUAAAUCUGUAUAAUUAAUGUACAUUGACCCAUUAUGUAUUAAUAAUAGAAAUACAGAUUUGUAGUAUUUGGCCUAUUUUAUGUUUAUUUUUUUAUUAUUAUUUUUUUACAUUGUAUCAUACUUACCAUAUAUAUUUUGUAUAUAAUUGUGUCUCCAUAUAUUUUGUCAAUAACAAUAAAUAAUAGUUGUUCAGGGGUUCUAGCCUAAUAGAGUAAUAGAUUCUAACUUUAAGGGGUAGGUGCUGAAAUUGAGAAAUGGAUACGCUAAUUUUGAAAUCCCCAGGGGGGAUUGCUCCAGGGGGGAUUGUCUCCUGCUUAGUCUAAUCAACUGUAAAAUCGCUUUGGAUGAAGGCUUCAGCCGUGUAAAAUGCAAUUUGUUUUCACUGAGAGAUGAAAAAAACAUGCAGUUUGAUGACUGUAUGUGCCAUGGCGAUAUUCAGUGAAAGAUGAUUUUUUGCACAAAAUAAACUUUGAUGCAUUGCGUGAUGUACAUA